AAUGGCAAAGUGGUCAAAAUCAACGGAUAAUGAUGGCAACAUUACUUGCCUUAAUGAGGAUCAGUAUUUGGAUAAUGUGUCACAGAAGUCUCUUCUUCCAUCUGGUUUUCCGACACCAAUAAAUGGCUUGAAAAGGAAGUUUGCAAUUGCUGCCCUUGCUUUACUGUAUAUCAUUGUUAUUGGUCUUCUAAUAGCUACUAUUCAGCUAAAAGGUCAGAUUGCCCAGUCUGAAAAAUACAAACACGUUUCUGAAAAAGAGCAUCAAGGAGAACAUGGCAAAGAAUCAGAAGCAGGAAGCCUUCAUGAUUACACCAUUAUUCUGAGCCAGCUUAUACAAAGCCUCUCUGACUGUAAAUCACAAAUUUCAAUGAACUCAGCAAAACUGCAGUCUGUAAAUGAAAUAUUAAAUGAGAGCAUAUCACAGAGUCAAGAAAAGGACAAACUCAUGCAGGACAUACAAAAAACACUGGAACGCGUAACCAAUACAUUGGAUGACAGUGACAUGAAAAUAGAUGACAUAAACAUGACAUUUUCUGAAAAGGUUUAUAUUCUGAAGCAGGAAAUUGGGCAACACUACAUGUACUUUCAGAAUGCAUCAUCAGAUAUUAACACUGUAAAACAGCAGUAUAUGACAAUGCAACAAGAAAUGAAAGAGGAAGUAAAAACACUGAAUCAGAUCACUAAUGAUCUUCAGUUAAAAGAUUGGGAACAUUCUCUCAUACUGAAAAAUAUGACAAUAAUUCAAGGUCCUCCUGGUCCAAAAGGAGAAAAGGGAGACAAUGGCUUAGCAGGAAUAAUUGGAAGACCAGGGCCUCCAGGACCAAAAGGACUGCAAGGAUAUUCAGGUCGUGGAAUGAAAGGGGAACAAGGUGCCAGAGGGGAAAAAGGACAAAAGGGAGAAAAAGGUGAAAAGGGAGCAGGAAAUUCUGCUACUGUGGACCUUACAACUACUUCUAAACCCAUUGUUCGCCUUCUUGAUGGAUCUUCGCCUCACCGAGGAAGGGUUGAAGUUUUUUACAAUGGACAGUGGGGCACCAUAUGUGAUGAUCACUGGGAUAAUAAUGAUGGAAAAGUGGUGUGCAAGAUGUUGGGAUUUUCUGGUGUUGCUCAGGUUUACACCAAAGCAUUUUUUGGUCAAGGAAAGGUUAAAAUAUGGAUGGAUGAUGUUAGAUGCACUGGAUAUGAAACUUCCAUUACAAACUGUAACUUCAGAGGCUGGGGAAUCACAGAUUGUUCACACACUGAAGAUGCUGGAGUGGAAUGCAUUAAAUAAAGUACAUCACGUUCUUAUUUUUGUAUAAUUUUCAUAUUUU